AUCACUUUGCCCUUGUUUCACGGAGCCACUAGAUGGCAAUUUCACGUAAAAUAUGACAUAAAUAUGGUAAAGCUGCAUUAAUCAUCAUCUUAUUUCUUGUUUUGCUGGCCUAUAAAUAGCCCCCCAAGUUCAUUGAGGUCCAUCGAUAUUGUUUUGGAGAGGUUUUUAGAGCGAAGUUGCUUCUGGGGUUGGUUUUGUUUUUGAUUGAGAUUUUUGGUUUUGUUGGUUUAAAAGAGCAAGAAGAAGAUGACUGUAGGGGCUGGGAUUUCUGUGAGUGAUGAUGGGAAGUUAAUGGUGUUGGGGAACUGCAUUCUACAUGAUGUUCCUGACAACAUCGUGAUGGCUCCAGCAUCUGGUGGUUCAUUGGCUAAUGGAGCUUUCAUUGGAGUUGGUUCAGAUCAGAUGGGAAGCCGCAGGGUCUUUCCGGUUGGCAAGCUUGAGGGAUUGCGUUUCAUGUGUCUUUUCCGGUUCAAAAUGUGGUGGAUGACACAGAGGAUGGGGAAUUGUGGUCAAGAUAUUCCAUUUGAAACCCAGUUUUUGAUUGUGGAAGCACGUGAUGGCUCUCAUUUUGGCACGGGAAAUGAAAACGACUCUGCUAUAUAUGCUGUUUUUUUACCAAUUCUUGAAGGGGAUUUCAGGGCUGUUCUUCAAGGCAAUGAAAGAAAUGAGUUGGAGAUUUGUUUGGAAAGUGGAGAUCCUGCUGUUGAUGAGUUUGAGGGGAGCCAUUUGGUUUUUGUGGCAGCGGGAUCAGAUCCAUUUGAUGUCAUCACCAAUGCAGUAAAGUCUGUGGAAAGGCAUUUACAGACGUUUUCUCAUUGCGAGAGAAAGAAGAUGCCAGACAUGUUGAACUGGUUUGGCUGGUGUACAUGGGAUGCUUUCUACACCAAUGUCACUUCUGAGAGUCUAAAUGAAGGAUUGGAGAGCUUGGAGAAAGGCGGGAUUCCUCCAAAGUUUGUUAUUAUCGAUGAUGGGUGGCAAUCUGUUGGAAUGGAUGCAAAUGGAACUGAAUUCAAAGCUGAUAAUGCUGCCAACUUUGCCAACAGAUUGACACAUAUCAAAGAGAACCAUAAAUUUCAGAAAGAUGGCAAAGAAGGUCAUAGAGUAGAGGAUCCAGCUUUGGGGCUUCGCCACAUUGUCACUGAAAUUAAAGAAAAACGUGCUUUGAAGUAUGCUUAUGUUUGGCAUGCAAUAACAGGGUACUGGGGAGGUGUUAGGCCAGGUGUUACUGAAAUGGAACACUAUGAAUCCAAAUUGGCUUGCCCUAUUUCAUCUCCUGGAGUUCAGUCAAAUGAGCCUGAUCAAGCUUUGGACAGCAUAAUUAAGAAUGGCCUUGGCCUCGUUAACCCUGAAAAAGUGUUUAACUUCUAUGAUGAACUUCACUCGUACCUUGCAUCAGCUGGUAUCGAUGGAGUCAAAGUUGAUGUUCAGAACAUCCUUGAAACUCUUGGGGCAGGCCAUGGUGGAAGAGUGAAACUUGCUAGAAGAUACCAUCAGGCUUUAGAGGCAUCCAUUGCUAGGAACUUCCGUAACAAUGAUAUCAUCUCUUGUAUGAGUCAUAAUACAGAUGGUUUAUACAGUGCAAAACGAACAGCUGUAAUUCGGGCAUCAGAUGAUUUCUGGCCAAGAGAUCCAGCAUCCCACACGAUCCACAUUGCAUCAGUUGCAUAUAAUACUGUUUUUCUUGGGGAAUUCAUGCAACCAGAUUGGGAUAUGUUUCAUAGCUUGCAUCCGAUGGCUGAAUACCACGGAGCAGCUCGUGCUGUUGGAGGAUGUGCUAUCUAUGUCAGUGACAAACCUGGGCAACAUGACUUUAAACUACUCAGGAAGCUUGUGCUUCCGGAUGGUUCUAUAUUGAGAGCCAAACUUCCGGGAAGACCUACAAGGGAUUGCUUGUUCACUGAUCCAGCCAGAGAUGGGAAAAGUCUUCUAAAGAUUUGGAAUCUGAAUGAGUUCACUGGAGUCAUGGGUGUAUUCAACUGCCAGGGAGCAGGGUGGUGUAGGGUUGGAAAGACGAAUAUGAUUCAUGACCUACAGCCUGGAACAAUUACAGGAUAUAUCAAGGCUAAAGAUGUUGAUUAUUUGCCUAAAGUUGCUGGUGAUGGAUGGAACGGAGAUUCUAUCAUAUAUUCCCAUCUUGCUGGAGAAGUGAUCUUCCUUCCAAAUAAUGCAACUAUGCCAAUCACAUUGAAGGCACGAGAAUAUGAAGUUUUCACAGUGAUACCUGUAAAGUUAUUAUCCAAUGGGACUAAAUUUGCUCCCAUUGGUCUGAUCAAGAUGUUCAAUUCAGGAGGAGCCAUCAAGGAAUUAACAUAUCAAUCUGGCAGAAGUGCAGCCAUCGACAUGAAAGUUCGAGGGUGUGACCUGUUUGGAGCCUAUUCAUCUACUCAUCCGAAGAGAAUAACGGUCGACUCAGAAGAAACUGGUUUUGAAUAUGAUGAUGGAUCUGGUUUGGUGACCCUUUCUUUGGGAGUUCCUGAGGAAGAGUUGUAUCUUUGGAGCAUAACCAUUGAGCUGUGAUCAGAACUGGUUCUUGUUUUGCACUUGCUAGUAGGACCAUAGGAGGUCACAAAUUAUUUGUUCAUGGAGGAGCCCAUGUCUUAAUGUAAUAAUGACAUGCCAAAGAGGUCCUUUAAAAAGAAACAAUGGCAGGUUGCCAUUGAGCUGGCCACUGUGUAAAUUUUAAUUGAUCCCACUAAGAGCAUUUUGUUCUA